UACAAUUACACACCAAUGGCUGGAUCGUCAUAUAUUGAAUUACCGGCAUAUAUAGAUAGGAAACGGACCACCAUCAACCCACAAAACAAUGACCAACAAUGUUUCAAGUGGGCUAUAUUAGCUAAGCAUGUGACUGAACAACCAAAAUAUCGUAUUGGUGAAAAUUAUCGCCAACACGAAGGAAAAUAUAAUUUUGAUGGUAUUUCGUUUCCAACACCGCUAUCGGAUAUUUCUAAAUUUGAAAAAAAUAAUCCGAACGUCACUGUGAAUGUGUAUGGGUUAGACAAAAAGUUCCAGCCACCGCGUAAAUAUCCGACGUACGAGGUGUACCCGCUACGUGUCGCUGAUGAAGAGAAAGCCAACCACUUUGAUCUGUUGUCGGUGACGGACGACGAAAACUCACACUACAUCUACAUCUCGAAUUUUUCCCGCCUUAUACGCUCGCAAAAAACUCAUCAUGAAAGUCAGGCAAUAUUUUGCAAAAGAUGCUUUACAUCAUUUCACAAACAAAAUUUAAAGCAUAAAUUAAGCGGGCAGGCAGCGCUAGAACACCACAGAUUAAUAUGCGGCCCGCAUAAACCCAUACUACCGAAAAUGCCUGAAGAUGGAUCAGUUCUUGAAUUUAACGCUUGGCAAAACGCACAAAGGCAUCCUAUUGUUAUAUAUGCCGAUUUUGAGGCUCUGCUUGUAAAGACUGAUGAGGAAAAGGGUGAUAAUACAACAAUCAUACAAAAACACCGUCCUAUGAGCUAUGGUCUCAUUGUGAAGGCGAGUGAAGAUGUACCGACAGAGUUAUUGAGUGAACACAACAUACCAACGGAACCAGUGAUCUACCGAGGAAGUGAGAGUCAGCCUGAUAUGGCGAGACAUUUCGUCGAAACCGUGACGGAUAUAUCGUUGAAUAUAGAGAAAUUAUUGAAGACGAAUAUUCCGAUAAAUAUGUUCGCAGACGACAUACAAGUUCUUGAAGCAGCGACGCACUGCAAUCUAUGCAAAUGCGAUGUUAAUAACUACACCCGUAUUCGCGAUCAUGACCACUUGACCGGGAAAUUUAGACAGACUUUAUGCAGUAGAUGUAAUUUAAGUCUUAAACAACCGAAAUACGUACCAGUUUUCAUUUAUAAUCUGUCCAACUAUGAUGCUCAUUUUAUAGUAACAGAACUUGAUUAUGAUUCACAUAGAAUAAAAGUAAUUCCAAACAGCGAGGAGAAAAUCGUUACUUUUUCGAAAUAUAUAAGUAACAAUUUUACGAUCAGAUUCGUGGAUACAUUCAGAUUUAUGGCUACAAGCUUAUCAACACUCGCCGCCAAUCUAAUAACACCAAACUUGGAAAAAUUCCGCAUAACCGCAAAACAUUUUUCCAAUAAUGAUCUACCACUUGUCACCCGUAAGGGUGUAUAUACUUAUGACUUCACUGAUGAUUGGGCUAAGCUUGAACAAACAACAUUACCUGCAAAAGAGGACUUUUAUAGCACCUUAACAGAAGAAUACAUAAAAGAAACUGAAUAUCAGUUUGCGGAAGACGUAUGGAGUCAUUUCAAUUGUCAAACGUUGGGCGAGUAUUCAGAUCUUUACCUGAAAAUUGAUGUAUUGCUUCUAGCGGAUGUAUUCGAAAAUUUCCGGGAUUUAUGUUUGAGCACAUACAAUUUGGAUCCAGCAUACUAUUUUACAGCACCAGCGUUUUCUUUCGAUGCAAUGUUGAAAUACACCUCAAUAAAAUUGGAUUUACUAUCGGAUUAUGAAAUGCUAUUAAUGAUUGAAAAUGGUAUUCGAGGAGGACUUACACAGGCCAGCAUGCGGUACGCAAAACCUAACAAUGAGAGAACACCUGAUUAUAACCCAGCAGACCCAAAAUCCUGGCUUGUUUAUCAGGAUUGCAAUAAUCUUUACGGUUGGGCAAUGUCACAGUUCAUGCCCUACGGAGGCUUCAAGUGGGUCAAACCGUCUCUUAACGGAUUAGCUGAUUUGAACGCGACUUCCCCCAUAGGACGGUUCUAUGAAGUCGACAUAACUUAUCCAAAAGAACUUCACGAUAAACACAACAGCUUGCCAUUUUUACCAAAAAAUAGUAUACCACCAAGCUCAAAAGUGCAGAAACUCGUGGCUACGUUUAAACCGAAAAAAAAUUAUGUUGAUCACUAUCGCAACCUCCAACAAGCCUUGAACAAUGGUCUCAUAGUUGAAAAGGUGCAUAGAGUUGUUCAAUUUAACCAGUCUGACUGGUUAGCCAAAUACAUUGCGUUGAAUACCGAGACGAAAAAGGCAAAGAAUGAAUUUGAUAAGGAUUUCUUUAAGUUAUUAAACAACGCUGUAUUCGGAAAAACCAUGGAAAACUUUCGUAAACGCAUGGAAAUGGAACUUGUAUCGUGUGAUAGACGUUUACAGAAAUUAAUAAACAAAUCGACAUUUAAACAUUGCACUACGUAUUCUGAAAACCUAAAUGCUGUAACAUUGGAAAAUAAGAUCAUCAAUUUUUGCAAACCUAUUUAUAUUGGUCUCGCGGUUCUCGACAUAAGCAAAAGUUUAAUGUAUGAUUAUCAUUAUAAUGUGAUGCGAAAACACUAUGGUGAUAAAAUCGAGCUUAUGUAUACAGAUACAGAUUCAUUGGUAUAUUAUAUCCAAACCGACGAUUUCUACAAAGACCUCAAGAAUAAUAACAACUUGCUCAACCGAAUGGAUACUUCCAACCUACCGGAAGACCAUACAUGUUACAUUGCUGAACGAAAAAAAAUACCAGGUCUGUUUUCUGAUGAAACGGAUGGGCUCGUAAUGACCGAGUUUUGCGCGCUGCGAGCAAAAUCAUAUGCUUACAUUUUGGAUGGUAAGGAGAAGAUCAAGGCCAAGGGAAUUAGAAGGCAUGUUGUAAAGAAUCAUAUGACGUUUAACGAUCAUAAAAAGUGUUUGUUUGGUGAGGAGGAGAUGGAUGUUAAGAGAGAAAAUGUAUCUAUCCGCUCUUUCAAACAUCAACUGAUGACAAUAAAAUCAAACAAAUUAACGUUUAAUAAUUUUGAUGAUAAGAGAGUUAUCCUAGAAGAUAAAAUACAUACACUGGCUCACGGUCAUUAUAGAAUAGAGUAA